AUGGAUGCUAUUGUCAGAAAAGCGAUCGAGACUCCUGUUCCCAUGGAUGAUGACCUCGACAAACCUCCCGAAGGGGGUUAUGGGCCCAUCCGGCGAAAAGGUGAGGCCUCUGAUGGCAUUGUCUUUCAGCCAGCCGAAGUUGAGGAUGUGGUGAUCGAAGCUGUGGAUGAGAAGGAGGAGGGAGACGGAGACAUGCCGUACAGCAAGCCGCAGUUUCCUGCUCUCACACCGAAGCAGCAGGGCGUAAAAAAGCAGAUGCGUCGCGUUCCAGUACCUCCGCACAGGAUGACGCCGCUCAAGGCCGCCUGGGUCCAACUUAUUGAUCCCAUUGUGGAGCACAUGAAACUUCAGGUCAGGAUGAACACAAAGCGGCGAGCUGUUGAGAUCAGAAAUUCAGAGCACACGCCUGACAUUGGCUAUUUGCAGAAAGCAGCAGACUAUAUGAAAGCCUUCAUGCUGGGCUUUGACCAAGCUGAUGCAGUUGCGCUUCUUCGCCUGGACGAUUUGUUCAUCCAGUCCUUCGAGGUGAAGGAUGUGAAGCGUUUGCAGGGUGACCACCUCUCCCGGUGUAUUGGCCGUAUUGCGGGCAAGGAUGGAAAAACCAAGUACGCAAUAGAAAAUGCUACUCGCACGCGCAUUUCUUUGUGUGAAGACAAGAUCCACAUCCUGGGCUCGUUUGCAAACAUCCGAUUAGCGCGGGACUCUAUUUGCAACUUGAUCCUGGGCAGUGCUCCUGGGAAGGUUUACACCAAGCUUCGAACUGUCUCAAAGCGUUUGCAGGAGCGGAUUUGA